AUGUGCUCUCUGCUACACCUCUGCUAUGUGCUGCUCUCCUCCUCCUCUGUUAUGUGCACUCUGCUACCCCUCUGCUAUGUGGGCUCUCCUUUUGCUGUUAUGUUCACUCUACUACUCCUCUGCAGCGUGCCUCUCUCCUCUGCUAUAUGCACUCUGUUACUCCUCUGCUAUGUGGCCUCUCCUUUGUUGUUUGUAUUCCCCUUCUCCUCUGUUAUGUGCACUCUGCUACCCCUUUGCUGUGUGAGUUCUCCUUCCCCUCUUUUAUGUGCACUCUGCUGUGCACUCUCCUUUUCCUCUGUUAUGUUCACUCUGCUACUCCUCUGCAGCGUGCCUCUCUCCGCCUUCUUCUCUGCUAUAUGGACUCUAUUACACCUCUGCUAUGGGGCUCUCCUUCUCCUCUGUUAUGUACACUCUGCUAUUCCUCUGCUGUGUACCGUUUUCAUCCUCCUCCCCUGUUAUGUGCACUCUGCUACCCCUCUUCUGUGCGAGUUCUCCUUCUCCUCUUUUAUGUGCACUCAGCUACUCCUCUGCUGUGUGGGCUCUCCUUUUGCUCUCUUAUGUGCACUCUGCUACAUGCUCCUCUCCUCCUCCUCUGUUAUAUGCACUCUGCUAUGUGGGCUCCCCUUCUCCUCUGCUAUAUACACUCAGCUAUUCCUCUGCUGUGUACCGCUCUCAUCCUCUGUUAUGUGUACUCUGCUACCCUUCUGCUAUGUGGGCUCUCCUUUUCCUGUUAUGUUCACUCUGCUAAUCCUCUGCAGUGUGCCUCUCUCCUCUGCUAUAUGCACUCUGUUACUCCUCUGCUAUGUGGACUCUCCUUUGUUGUGUGUAUUCCCCUUCUCCUCUGUUAUGUGCACUCUGCUACCCCUCUGCUGUGUGAGUUCUUCCCCUCUUUUAUGUGCACUAUCCUUUUUCUCUGUUAUGUUCACUCUGUUACUCCUCUGCAGUGUGCCUCUCUCCUCUGCUAUAUACACUCUUUUACCUCUCUGCUAUGGGGGCUCUCCUUCUCCUCUGUUAUGUACACUCUGCUAUUCCUCUGUUGUGUACCGUUUUCAUCCUCCUCCCCCGUUAUGUGCACUCUGCUACCCCUCUUGUGUGCGAGGUCUCCUUCUCCUCUUUUAUGUGCACUGUGCUAUGUGGGCUCUCCUUCUCUUCUGUUGUGCUCCCCUCUUCUUUCUUGUGUACUUCCUCUUUAUUAUUCGUGUGCAGCUCUUCUAA